UGCGGCUUAUUUUUCAACAACAAAUACCCCCCAUUGGACUUGGGAGCUUAAACCAAUCCCUUUCAAAACCUUCUUCUGUAGAGCAAAAAAAAUUCAUUUUUUCAUGGCUUCUUCUAUUACAAUAUCCCCAAGAAAGCUACGCUAUGAUUUGUAUUCUUAUUCAUACCAAGAGGAUUCAAACACCCCAUUAGUGAUAAAUGUUCUGGCUUCACUGAUUGAGAGGAGUAUGGCUAGGACACAAAGGAUUGUGAACAAGUGUUCUGGUGCUUUGUCCAAAGCAAUUAGAACAAACAUCUUUGAUUGUAGAGAGAUUCCUGAUAUGACCAUCCAAUCCUAUCUAGAGAGAAUUUUCAGGUACACAAGGGCAGGACCAUCGGUGUAUGUUGUGGCCUAUGUCUAUAUUGACAGAUUCUGCCAAAACAAUCCUUGGUUUCGGAUCAAUGCCAGAAAUGUUCAUAGACUUCUCAUAACAACCAUAAUGGUGGCUUCUAAGUAUGUAGAAGAUAUGAAUUUCAGGAAUUCAUACUUUGCUAGAGUUGGGGGAUUGACAAAAAAUGAAUUGAAUGAGUUGGAGCUUGAAUUUCUUUUCUUGAUGGGUUUCAAAUUGCAUGUGAAUGUGAGUGUAUUUGAGAGCUAUUGCUGCCAUUUGGAGAGGGAAGUUAGCAUUGGAGGAGGGUACCACAUUGAGAGGACCUUAAGAUGUGCUGAAGAAAUCAAAGCAAGGCAUAGAGAGGAAAGGGGUUACACACAAAUCGCACGUGUAAUGUUGUAGAAUGGUUAGGAAUUUUUGCUGUUUUUGGUUUCAUUUUUUGGCCUUCAAAUAAAGAAAGGUAGUUUAUAUGUACAGAUCAGUGUAAAUCAAAAUGUUUGU